AUGGUCAGGGAAGGGAUCGUCUUGGGACACAAGAUAUCAGAAAAGGGGAUAGAGGUUGAUCAAGCAAAGAUUGAGGUGAUGAGUCAGCUUGCUCCACCAAAGACAGUCAAGGACGUGAGAAGUUUCCUUGGGCACGCUGGUUUCUAUCGGAGAUUUAUCAAGGACUUCUCCAAAAUAGCUCGUCCUUUGACACGCCUCUUGUGCAAGGAGACUGAGUUCCUGUUUGACGAGGAGUGCCUUAAGGCAUUUGAGAUGAUCAAGACUGCCUUGGUCACGGCCCCGAUUGUGCAAGCACCAAACUGGGACUACCCUUUCGAGAUCAUGUGUGACGCUAGUGACUACGCCGUGGGAGCUGUGCUUGGCCAGAGGAUAGACAAGAAAGCUCCACGUGAUAUAUUACGCAAGCAGAACCAUGGACGAUGCCCAAGGACGAUACGCAACAACUGA